AUGUCAGACCAAGCUCCGGCCGCCCCCCGAAAGACGCCGCUCGAGGCCCCGACGGCCGAUAGCGAGCCCGCGCCCAGGCCCGAGCUCACCGAGGAUCACAAGAGCAAGUAUGAGGCGCUCCUGGGCCGAGUCAAGGGCUUCGCCGAGGUCACCUGCGCCAAGGAAAAGGACAAGUCGGGCCCGCUGACGGACCGGGAACGUUUGUGGCUCACGCGCGAGUGCCUCCUCCGAUACCUUCGAGCGACCAAGUGGUCCGUCGAUGAGUCGGCGAAACGGCUGCUGUCGACACUGGCGUGGCGGCGCGAGUACGGCCUCGACGACUUCACGGCCGAGUACAUCUCGCCCGAGCAGGAGACGGGCAAGCAAAUCAUUGCCGGCUUCGACCGCCUCGGCCGCCCGUGCCAGUACCUGAACCCGGGCCGGCAGAACACCGACGCCAGCCCCCGGCAGAUCCACCAUCUCUUCUACAUGGUCGAGCGCGUGACCGACAUGAUGCCGCCGGGCGUCGAGACGCUGAGCCUGUUGAUCAACUUUAAGCCCUCGAAGCAGCGCCAGAACACGAGCGUGCCUGUCUCGACGGCGAGGGAGGUGCUGAAUAUAUUGCAGAACCACUACCCGGAGAGGCUGGGCAAGGCGCUCAUCAUCAAUGUGCCGUGGCUGGUCUCGGGCUUCUUCAAGAUCAUACAACCAUUCAUCGAUCCCGUCACCCGCGGAAAGCUCAAGUUCAACGAGGACAUGAAACAGUACGUGCCGCCGGAGCAGCUGUGGAGCGCCGACUGGGGCGGCAACAUGGACCUUGAGUACGACCACGGCGUGUAUUGGCCUGCGCUGCACGACAUGUGCCAGCGGAGGAGGGAGCAGAAGGCGGCCCGGUGGGCGGCUGCGGGCAUGGAGAUUGGCGAGUCGGAGGAGUAUCUGGCCGGGGGAACGGCCGUGAGCGUGACAGGGUUCAGGUACGACGAGGCCAGCCAAGGGGCCAGCGGCAGCAAGCUGGCCGAGGCGCCAGCGGCGUUGGACACGGACGUGGAUGUGGUGGACGAGAAGUUGGCGGCCGCCAAGCUCGACGACGCCGCGGCGGGGGAGACCAAGGACAACAGAAAGGCGGUGGUCGCGGCGGAUGCAGCUUGA